UUUGUUACGAAAUACGAAAUUAAUGAUUAUAAUUUGUAAAUAGGAAUAAUAAAUCAUAAAUUUUAUACUAAUAAAACAUCAAGGUAAUUGAAAUGCCGAAAUAGAAAAUUACCUACUGUAUCAAAUUAGCAUAAUACGCUUUUUAUUACUACGAAACCAAGGAAGGGAAGCAGUCACAAUGGUUUUAUGCCGGGUAAAUUCGUUAAAUAACUUACUAAUGACACGAAUUUCUACACAUGCAAGAAAUGUGUCGACUACCCGAUUGUCUGGUGAUAAUACUCAGGAUAAGGUAAAAGGAAAAUAUGAUAUUAUCAUUGCCGGCGGAGGAAUGGUCGGGUGCACCUUGGCCUGUGCUAUGGGUAAAAACUCACUACUGUCAAAAUUAAAGAUUCUUCUCCUUGAGGGUAGUCCUGAUAAAAAGUUUGUGUUGAAGCCUGAAUAUAGCAACCGAGUGGUGGCUUUGAACCAAAACACCAAGUCACUGAUGAACUCUAUAGAUGUGUGGCCGCAUGUAGAGAACAUGAGACUUCAACCUGUCAGGCAUAUGCAAGUAUGGGAUGCUUGUUCUGAAGCCUUAAUAUCUUUCAGCAGUUCUGACAUCUUGGAUGACGAUGUAGCUUACAUAGUAGAGAAUGACGUGCUCUUGGAAGCCAUUAACAAAGAACUGAAGUCUAAUGCAAUACAGAAUGUUGAUAUAGUCUAUGGUGCUAAGAUAGCAGGCUAUGAUUCACCGAAGGCACUAGGAAGAGAAAUGAGAAAUUUAGUCAAGAUGGAGAAUGGAGAUUGCUAUAGCUGUGAUUUAUUGAUCGGAGCCGACGGAGUCAACUCGAAAGUCCGUCAAUCGAUGGGAGUGCAGUACGUGUCGUGGGACUACGACCAGAUGGGCGUUGUGGCGACUCUACAUCUAGCAGAGGAGUGCGAGAACACGACCGCGUGGCAGCGCUUCCUUCCGUCGGGUCCGGUGGCACUGCUGCCGCUCAACUCGACCACCAGCUCGCUCGUGUGGUCCAUGGGCACGGCGCAGGCGAAACACGUGCUCUCGCUGUCGGACGAGAGCUUCGUCGACGAGCUCAACGAUGCACUGUGGAAGCAGUACCCGCGCAGCAGCGCCGUGGACGCGUGCGUGUCGUGGGUGGGCGCGGCGCUGCGGCGGGCGGGACUGCCCGACGGCGCGCAGAGGCAGCUGCCGCCGAGCGUGCGCGCCGCCGCGCCCGCGUCCCGCGCCGCCUUCCCGCUCGGCUUCGGGCACAGCGCGCGCUACGUGGCGCCCGCCCGCGCGCUCGUCGGGGAUGCUGCGCAUAGAGUUCACCCCCUGGCCGGUCAGGGGGUGAACCUUGGCUUCGGGGAUGUGAAAGACCUCACGCAGUUCCUAUCCGAUGCUUUGUACGCGGGAUUGGAUAUCACGCACCCCAGUCCGCUGGAGAAGUACGAGAGCGGCCGCCAGCGCCACAACGUGCCCACGCAGCUGGCGAGCGACGCGCUGUGCCGCCUCUACUCGCUGCAGCUGGUGCCCGCCGUGCUGGCGCGCAGCGUCGGCCUGCAGCUCACCAACGCCUUGCACCCCAUCAAGAAAAUGAUCAUGUCUCACGCAACGACGUAAAUGCAAUAGAAGAUAUGAAAUGUAUUGAAGUUGAUUUUAUUAUCUGUUAAUUAAACGAGAAUAGAUAAGGUUUGUUUUGUGGUUUGUAUUAUUUAUAAGAAACUGUGGUGUAAGAUUGUUUAAACUGUAAAUAAAUUAUUUUGUUAAUUAUUA